CAAAACAAGAGCGUAGCCAGAGGUAGCGGCCAGCGCGUUCCUCUUCUCCGCCGACCAAAACCCUAAACCCUACCCGGACCCAAACCCUCCCUCCUCUCCUCCUCCGGCGGCGGCGGCCACAGCAAUCGGAGAUGCCUCUGGGGCAGCGCGCCGGGGACAAGAGCGACUCCCGCUACUGCGGGGUGGAGGUGCUCGACUUCCCCGCCGGCGACGGGCUCCCCGCCGUCCUCACCCACUCCCUCUCCUCCGCCUUCGACUUCCUCCUCGCCCCUCUCGUUGACCCUGACUACCGGCCCACGCCAGGCACCGUCCUGCCGGUGGCGGCGUCGGACCUCGUCCUCAGCCCGUCCCAGUGGAGCAGCCACAUCGUCGGGAAGAUCAGCGAGUGGAUUGAUUUGGACUCCGAGGACGAGCAGCUCCGGCUGGACUCGGAGCUCACGCUCAAGCAGGAGAUCGCCUGGGCGUCCCAUCUCUCCUUGCAGGCAUGCGUUCUUCCUCCUCCCAGGAGAUCGUCCUGUGCCAAUUAUGCUAGAGUAGUGAAUAAUAUUUUGCAAGGUUUGACGAAUAUGCAGUUGUGGCUUAGGAUACCUCUGGAGAAGUCUGAACCUAUGGAUGAAGACCGUGACCAGAGUGACAUAGUAGACUCAUGGGAAUGGUGGAAUUCAUUCAGACUAUUAUGUGAGCAUAGCAGUCAACUGUAUGUAGCUCUUGAUAUCUUGAGCUCACUGCCAUCAAUGAACUCCCUAGGGCGAUGGUUUGGGGAGCCUGUAAGAGCUGCAAUUCUUCAAACGGAUGCUUUUCUAACAAAUGCAAGAGGUUACCCUUGCUUGUCCAAGCGUCAUCAGACUCUGCUUACUGGAUUUUUUAACCAUUCAGUUCAGGCAAUCAUCUCUGGGAGAUCAAAUCACAAUGUUUCCCAAGUAGCUGAAGGAGUGCUCUCAGGUGCUGAAAACCACACCGCAGAUACCCCCAUUCGCCAUACGUUGAGUCCGUACCUUGACUAUAUUGCCUACCUCUAUCAGAGGAUGGAUCCACUUCCUGAACAGGAACGCUUUGAGAUCAACUAUAGAGAUUUCUUGCAAUCUCCUCUCCAACCUCUCAUGGAUAAUUUGGAAGCUCAGACUUACGAGACUUUCGAGAAAGAUACUGUGAAAUAUGCACAGUAUCAAAGAGCAAUUGCUAAGGCUUUGGUUGAUAAGGUUUCAGAUGAUGAAGUCUCCACAACUAGGACGGUGUUGAUGGUUGUUGGAGCAGGCCGAGGGCCUCUAGUAAGAGCAUCAUUGCAGGCUGCAGAAGAAACUGGUCGCAAGUUAAAAGUAUAUGCUGUGGAGAAAAAUCCUAAUGCUGUUAUUACCCUUCAUAGUUUGAUCAAAUUGGAAGGGUGGGAAAGCAUGGUUACUAUAAUUUCUAGUGACAUGCGAUGCUGGGAUGCCCCUGAAAAGGCUGAUAUUUUGGUCAGUGAGUUACUUGGGUCCUUUGGUGAUAACGAAUUAUCUCCGGAGUGUCUAGAUGGUGCCCAGAGAUUCUUGAAGCCAGAUGGGAUUUCUAUUCCUUACUCAUACACAAGUUUUAUCCAACCAGUAACUGCAUCAAAACUACACAAUGAUAUCAAAGCACACAAAGAUAUUGCACAUUUUGAAACUGCAUAUGUUGUCAAGCUACACCGAGUAGCAAGACUUGCACCUCCACAACCGGUUUUUUCUUUCACACAUCCAAAUUUCCCAAAGGCUACGAACCAAAGGUACACCAAGUUACAGUUUAAGCUACCACAAGAUACGGGAUCAUGCCUUGUACACGGAUUUGCUGGAUAUUUUGAUGCUGUGCUAUAUAAAGAUGUCCAUCUUGGAAUUGAGCCGAACACAUGUACACCAAACAUGUUUAGCUGGUUCCCAAUCUUCUUCCCGUUGAGGAAGCCCAUCUACAUACCAUCGGAGUCACCCAUAGAAGUGCACUUUUGGCGAUGCUGUGGUGCCACCAAGGUGUGGUAUGAGUGGGCUAUGAUGGCGCCGUCCCCAUCCCCUAUCCAUAACAGCAACGGGCGGUCCUAUUGGGUUGGUCUAUAAUAAGUUGACAAAUCGGGAUCUUAUUUUUUGGUUUUUGAGGCAGAAGAGAAAGGGCCCAUUUAUAUGCUAGAUUUUCCAGUGCAUCCGACCAGCUGAAGUUUGUAUACUGAUGAUCAGGAAACAGGUUUUUUGGAACUUGUGUCUGCAGGGCUGUCAACAUGCAAGGGGCCGGUUUUGUAACACCAUAUUAACGUCCUCUGGUCAAUCCUUGUGCGUGCUAGAGUGGAGUAGGACUUGGGAGUGGAGCUCAUCAUCAAUUUUGGCUUUGCGUUUCUUGAGGAGCAUGAGAAGAUCCUGUGAACAGAUUCGUGGACUCAGAUCUAUGUUUUGUACUUAACUUGUCGAAAAUGGGCGCAAAGCAUUUGGCUUACUGGGAAUUCACCGGCGCCUGAAGUUUAUUUUCGGCUGAUAGUUUGUGUCGAAUUCCUAGUAAUUCAGACAAAUUAGCUUACUGAUUCUUUCUUUUUUUUCGAGUUGCCACCUCUUCUAUCAGAACUAAUGAGUAUCCUUUGAAGCUAAGCAGCCAUUACAGAGUGUGUUUCUUUC